AGAGGGGGCGGUGUCCUGGAGCUGGCGGGGCCUUUGUCUCGCUCCAGCCAGAGCUCAGGGUCCAUCUUCAUUGCUUAGUAUCCUCUGCUCUAGUAGGUCCCGGUGACUGUCGCAGCCUCUGUUGCCCUCUGACUUGCAGAUGCUGUGAGAUCCAGAGCUAAGACUCCAGGACAUCCCGGAAGCCGAAAAAUGGAACUGUUGACAUUCAGGGAUGUGACCAUAGAAUUCUCUCUGGAGGAGUGGGAGUUUCUGAACCCUGCUCAGCAGAGUUUGUAUAGGAAAGUGAUGCUAGAGAACUACAGAAACCUGGUCUCUCUGGGUCUUACUGUUUCUAAGCCAGAACUGAUUAGCUGUCUGGAGCAAAGACAGGAGCCCUGGAAUGUGAAGAGACAUGAGACCAUAGCCAAACCCCCAGGCUAGAUUACAGCCUUACCAUUUUGUGUAAAAAGAAGAGCAACAUAUUAAUAAGUUUCUCUAGUAUUAUCUAUGUCUUCUCAUUACACUGAAGACCUUUUGCCAGAACAGGGCAUGCAAGAUUCAUUCCAAAAAGUGAUACUGAGAAGAUAUGGAAGCUGUGGACUUGAGGAUUUACACUUAAGGAAGGAUGGGGAAAAUGUGGGUGAGUGUAAGGAUCAAAAAGAAAUUUAUAAUGGACUUAACCAAUGUUUGUCAACUCUACCUAGCAAAAUUUUCCCAUAUAAUAAAUGUGUGAAAGUCUUUAGUAAAUCAUCAAAUCUAAAUAGAGAAAACAUAAGACAUACUACAGAGAAACUUUUCAAAUGUAUGCAAUGUGGCAAAGUCUUUAAAUCUCACUCAGGCCUUUCUUAUCAUAAGAUAAUUCACACUGAAGAGAAACUCUGCAUAUGUGAGGAAUGUGGCAAAACCUUUAAGUGGUUCUCAUACCUUACUAAACAUAAGAGAAUUCACACUGGAGAGAAACCAUACAAAUGUGAAGAAUGUGGCAAAGCUUUUAACUGGUGCUCGAGUCUUACUAAACAUAAGAGAAUCCAUACUGGUGAGAAACCCUACAAAUGUGAAGAAUGCGGAAAAGCCUUUCACUGGUGUUCACCCUUUGUUAGACAUAAGAAAAUUCAUACUGGAGAAAAACCCUAUACAUGUGAAGACUGUGGCAGAGCGUUUAACCGGCACUCACAUCUCACCAAACAUAAGACAAUUCACACUGGAAAGAAACCCUACAAAUGUAAAGAAUGUGGGAAAGCCUUUAACCACUGCUCACUACUUACUAUACAUGAGAGAACCCAUACGGGAGAGAAACCCUAUAAAUGUGAAGAAUGUGGCAAAGCUUUUAACUCAUCAUCAAUUCUUACUGAACAUAAGGUAAUUCAUAGCGGAGAGAAACCCUACAAAUGUGAAAAAUGUGACAAAGUCUUUAAGAGGUUCUCAUACCUUACUAAACACAAGAGAAUUCACACUGGAGAGAAACCCUACAAAUGUGAAGAAUGUGGCAAAGCUUUUAACUGGUCCUCCAUCCUUACUGAACAUAAGAGAAUUCAUACUGGAGAGAAACCCUACAACUGUGAAGAAUGUGGAAAAGCCUUUAAUCGGUGCUCACACCUUACUAGACAUAAGAAAAUCCAUACUGCAGUCAAACGCUAUAAAUGUGAAGAAUGUGGCAAAGCUUUUAAACGGUGCUCACAUCUUAAUGAACAUAAGAGAGUUCAAAGAGGAGGGAAAUCCUGCAAGUAUAAAAAAUGUGGGGAAGCUUUUAAUCACUGCUCAAACCUUACUACGUAAGAAUUUUUACUAAAGAGAAAUCCUACAAAUGUAAAGAAUGUGGCAAAGUCCAUAAAUCUUGCUCAAGCCAUUGAAAUCACAAGAUAGUUCAUACUGGAGAGAAACACUACAAAUGUGAAGAAUGUGGGGAAAGUCUUCAACCAUUGCUCACAGCUUAUUGCACAGAAGAAAAUUCAUGCUGAGAAAAAUUCUGAUUUUAAAGAAUGUGGCAAAGCAUUUAAUAACUACUAUGAACUUACUCAUCAGAGGUUUUGUGCUAGAUAAAAGCAAUAUAAGUGUAAUGAUACACAUUACAUUUAUCUGUGGAAAGAUGUCACUAAAUAAAAGCCUUAGAGUACACAAGGUGUAAUGAUAGUGAUACAUUACAUUUGUACAUGGAAAGACUUCAAAAAUAUAAGCCUUAGAGUACACAAGAGUUUUUAUACUGAAGAAAAACAUUACAAAUACAAAGAUUGGUGCAAUACUUUUACUUAUGUUACAGAUUUUGUUGUACAUAGAAUUUAUACUGAAAGGUAACCCUCUAACAGUUGCUCAAAUUUUAUUUCAUUUUAGAGAAUUUACAUUGGAAAGAAACCCUACAACUGUAAUGAAUAUGAAAAAAAUUGUUUAAAAAGUACACCUUAGAAAACGCUAGUUUAAGGCCGGGCGCGGUGGCUCACGCUUAUAAUCCCAGCACUUUGGGAGGCCGAGGCAGGCGGAUCACGAGGUCAGGAGAUCGAGACCACGAUGAAACCCUCUCUCUACUAAAAAUACAAAAAAUUACCCGGGCAUGUUGUCGGGCGCCUGUAGUCCCAGCUACUCGGAGAGGCUGAGGCAGGGGAAUGGCGUGAACCCGAGAGGCAGAGCUUGCAGUGAGCCAAGAUCGCGCCACUGAACUCCAUCCAACCUGGGCGACAGAGACUCUGUCUCAAAAAAAAAAAAAAAAAAAAUAGAAAACGCUAGUUUAUAUGAAAGCAUUUAACAGAUGCAGUAAAUAUAAAAAAUUAAGUCUAAAUGAACAUCAGAAGAUUCACAGUAGAAACCACUAAGACGCUAACACUUUCAAUGUUAUUCUGAAUCAGGGCAUUGAUUAUAAAGAGUAAUUCAAGGUUAACAUAAUUUAGUUAGCCUAAACAGGAAUAGGAGAUUAAUAUUUUGAGACUUAAACAAUUAUAUUCAAAGUACACUGUUUUUGCAUUGAAAGAAUUUUAGAUUUUUACAAAGGCAAAUUUUGAUGUAAUUGAACUCUCAAAUUACUUGAUGCUGUGUCUUUGUUCCUAGUGUCUGUAUGAAAGCAUGUGGUCAAUUUCUGCUGCUCGGGGUUUGAGAAGUUCUAUAUUAGGCUGUCAUUUAUAUACUUUCAACAGAAGAUCGAGGACACUGAAAUAUGAGGUGUGUGAAAAAAGUACACAGAAACUUUUGUGGUUGACUUAUAAAACUUGUAAGUGCUGCAUGAGAUAGAUGUUCAGAGUAAUAGUCUUGUGCAUUAUUCAAAUUUUAGUAAAUUGUUUUACCAAUUGCACAUUAGAUAGUAUAGUGGAUUUUGUAAUGCUUUUCUUAGACUGUGUGAACUUAAUUUGUUUCAAUAAAACAAAAUUAUUUUUAAUGUGUUAA